GUGUGGCAUAUUUAGAAGCUAAACCCUACUAGAGGAGGCUUCAAACCCACAUUAUCACGCUUCAGCCAUGAAUGGGUACUUGAAUGAGUCCAACUUCAUGAUGGUGGAGGAGGGCUUCACCACCAGAGACCUCCUGGAGAACCUGCUUGUGGAGCUGUGCCAGGAGGGUGACCAGCAAGCCUUCUUCGUGGCAGACCUGGGGGACAUCGUGAAGAAACACCUGCAGUUCCUGAAGGCCUUACCCCGUGUGAAACCGUUCUUCCCGGUUAAGUGCAACGGCAGCGAUGGAGUGAUUCGGCUGCUGGCAGAGCUGGGGACAGGCUUUGCCUGCACCAACAAGGCAGAGAUUGCACGGGUUCAGAGCAUUGGAGUCCCACCUGACAAGAUCUUCUACAGCAGCCCCUGCAAGCAGGUUGCCCACAUCAAGUAUGCAGCCAGCCACGGGGUGCAGCUGAUGACCUUCGACAACGAGGUGGAGCUGAGCAAGGUGGCCAGGAGCCACCCUCGGGCCCGGAUGUUGUUGGGUAUUGCUGCUGACUCCAACCCUUCUGCCCAUCCGAGUAUGAUGUUUGGGACCACGCUCAAGUCCUGCAGGCAUCUGCUGGAGACAGCGAAGGAGCAGGCUGUGGAGGUGGUCGGCAUCAGCUUCCACCUCGGGAGCCGUGGCCUGGAGCCUCAGGCCUUCGCUCAGGCCGUGGCUGCAGCACAACUGGCCUUUGACAUGGGCACGGAGCUGGGCUUCCAGAUGCACCUCCUGGACAUCGGAGGGGGAUUCCCUGGCACCGAGGACACCAGAGCCCGGUUCAAGGAGAUGGCUGCUGUGAUGAACUCUGCCUUGGACUUGUACUUCCCGGAGGGCCACGGGGUGGAGAUCGUGGCGAGACCCGGGCGAUACUAUGUCACCUCUGCCUUCACCCUCGCUGCCACCAUCACUGCCAGGGAAGAGGUCCCCAUGGAGCAGCCUGGCUCUGAAAAGGAAGACUCUGCCAACAAGAAGAGCCUUGUGUAUCACCUCAGCGAUGGCAUCUACGGCGCCUUCAGCUGCCUCCUGUUUGACACCCCCUGCCCCACACCUCAGCUGCCCAAGAGACCCUGCCCCGACCACCCCUCACACAGCAGCAGCCUCCGGGGCCCCCUUGGCCACGCAGACGACCGCCUGGCCGACGGCCUGGACCUGCCCCAGCUGCAGACUGGGGACUGGCUCAUUUUUGAGGACAUGGGUGCCUACACCAUCACCACGUCCCCCCCAGGGGCUCCCCAGCCGCACAUCACCUAUGCCAUGUCCCGCAUGGCCUGGAAAGCUGUCCAGCUCUUUCUUGGGAAGCCACCACAACCAGAAGAUGACCAUGAAAGUAUCUGCACCCCAUUGUCCUGCGGCUGGGAGAUGGCAGAGUCACUCUGUGUCACCCCAGUCUUCGCUCCAGCCGGGAUCAUCUGAGCA